AUGCUGCGGAAGUGUCUCUAUCAGGCUGUCGCGGGGAACAGGCACUACAUGGCAUCUGUAAGUGCUUGAAUACAAUUGGAGAGACCUGACCUGCUUUGACUCGACUAUGGAGUGGGAAAAGGAUCUAAGGCGCAGCCAGUCUUUGAAGAGUCUCCCCUCGCAGUCCGACAAGGCGAUCUGGACAGAUGCAGGACUGCAGGACAGGACGAUAUCUGUGUCCCAGUUAGUGGCCAGGUAUCAAACUACAGUGAAAAAUGCAACAUCAAGUCAACCUGCGCCAGAGAAUAAUGUUGAAAGAAAUACAAAGAAACCACUAAUGGAGAUGACUUCAUCUCCCCUGCACAGUAGGGAGACUCAUCUGGAGUCCCUGAUGAAGAGAAAUGAAGAGCGGGAGAGAGCUCGGUCCACAGCCACCCUGACCCGCAGUAAAUCAGUGGGUAGCCUCCAAAACACCACCGGCAGCUCCAUAGAGGCCUUGAAGGCUCUUUUUGAGUUGAAGGCGACGGCAAAGCAGAGACCAAAGAGCAGUUUUAAAACUGGAAACGUAGCUUUAGGUCACCCUGUGGACGAGCCAGCGGUGAAUGGAGAGGCUGAGGAUGUGCAGAGCGCUGCAGAGGAGCAGAAAAAACCUGCUGAAAAGAAAACUAAAAAGGAGCCAAAAGAUGAUUUUCUGACUCAAAAGGUGGUGAAUCAGACCCAGACAGAGAGGAACAAAACAAUAGCGGGCAUUGAUUUUGAAAAGCUUGCAGCAUCUGAAGCUGAUGAAAAGAGGAGGUCAGCUGCUGACUUCAGAGACAGCUCCUUCAACCAAACCAAAGAGACACUGUCUGUCUCGGUCAAAGCUAUGUCUGCUCUCUAUAUGUCAAAAGUGGCAAAUAAGGAAUCAGCAAACAGGCCUUCUAUAGUGGAGAAGGAUCAUGCUCAACCAAGAGAUUCUGGGAAGUGGACCAAGCUAACUAAGACGGAUGAAGACUCUGAACAAAGAAAAGAUGACCAUCCACCACAGCCCCCAGUCGAGCCUGAAAAGGGACUUGAAGAGAUCGCUGAGGGACAUUCUGAACAGCUGAUGUCUUCCCAACUCUCCAGGGAAAAGAUAUUCCAGCAACGACAGAAAAACGAGCUGAGACGGCUCCUGAAGCAUACCUGCCCAGAGAUAAAGAUGCUGGAUGAUGUUGUGAAUGAGGAGUUUGCUGAAGUGUUGAGCUCUAAAUCAGAGUCUGGUGGGGAAACCGGAUAUGAGGGAGAGGUUCUUUCAAGAUGCUUGAUAUUUGAAAACCGUGGCAGCAGCUAUAGCACCCCAAAGAUCUAUGUAGAAGAGGGAGCGGUGAAAAGACAGGAUUAUCGUAAAAUAUCAACUGUUUUAGAAGGGCUAAAAGAUGAACCUUGCACUAAGAGUUGUGAAGGGAUGAUGACAAGUGAUAAAUCUCCUGACUUAACAUCAAAUUAUAAUAAAGAAGUAGAGGAACAGGUGGCAAAAAUAGAUGUUAAGGCUAACAGAAAGGUAUUUGAGAAUAAACGUUCAAGCACUGUAAAGCCAGAUGAGAUUCAGGGGAAUGUUCCUAUGGUUUUGAACAAACCACCUGAAAUAUCUUCUGCUGGCAACACACAAGGCAAUAACAAAAGUGGGGACAGGAAUUUAGAAGAACAAAAGCUGUGUGUUGGUGCUGCUGGUGAAAGUACAGAAAGUGACUUUUCUUGCACUGAAGCAGCAUUUCCCUGUCAUGAUCUCCCACUUGAGGGGAGUUUCAUAAGUUUUACUGAAUCAGAGAGAAAAAGAGAAAUAAUAAAAACAAACGCAGCACUUGUCCAAAAUAACCCCUUUAUUUCCUCUAACAUAGAAAGAGAGAAUUUUUUAAGCCAUGCAUCAAACACUCAAAAUCAAAGCAUUGUAGCAAGUGAAGAUUAUCCGAUUGCUAACGUAAAGAACCGAACACACCUGUUUGAAUCAAUGCCAUUUGAUAAAAUUAGACAUCAGAAUCAGGAUGAAAUGGAGACACUGGUGGAAAAUAUCAAAGAAACGUUAAAUUUCCUCCACUGUGUGAAAGCCAUUCACUCAGAUGGGGCAAUUAUUGAGGUUAGCGAGACAAUGAUAGCUAAAAAGUCGCAGUUCACAAUAUCGGAUAGGGGACCUGAGAUAAAAUAUGACAAGGUGGCUGAAGGUGGUGCACAAAAUUUUAUAGUCCAGCUGCUACCACGGGUAAACCUAAAGCCUCAGAUAAUUUACCUUAAGGAAGAUAGUAAAGGGUUUAUGGAGGCCACAGUGGUGGAUGCACUGGCUCACCAGCAUAGAUUCAGUGCAAACAAAGAUGCUGAGUUAAAAACUGCCAAUGUAGUUCAGUUGGUUGAGGAUAUCCUCAAUCAGGACAACUCCCUGAGAAAAGGGGUGAUCAUUCAAGAAGACGUCAGAAACGGUGCAGAAGUCAUUGUUUAUUCCCUCUACAAGUACUUUGACGAAGAAGACGUGAAGGGCUACAGCCCUCCAAACAGUGCAGGUCAUGAUGAACCUGAGGCAGAAACAGUCUCAGUUCCAAAGAGCAGUCAAGACCAAGCCAGGUCAGGGUCAAUUAGGGCCAAUGUAAAAUUGUUCAAAAGUUGCAUCGAAAAGGGUGACUUGGAGUAUUUAAGAUCACUUCAUGAUGAUGAACAAACCAUUCACAGCACUGAACAUAGUCAAAGUGAAGCAGCUGUCAGACUGGAUGAUGAAUCUCAUCAUCACCAUGUAAGUAAUCCAUCUGAAGAGUGUAUCCAAGUGGAUGUAAAAAGACUAAAAGACAUGUUUUCUGAAGGAACAGGUCCUAGUCAUAGUAAAUGUGUCAAAUCUUCUGCAGUGUCAUCUGGAAAAAGUCAAUCUCCUAUAGAAUGCAAUACGGGGGCAUUCUUGAUUCCACAGUCCAACAAUAGUUGUAAUAGUUGUAAUGCUUGCUUCGGUCAAGGGCUUAAAGAAGUUCUGGCAAAUUCUGAACAUCAGAAUCAAAACAGGGUUCAACAAGCUGAAAUGGCAGAAGCCAACACAGAAGAACUGUUUGAAAUACCCAUUGUAUCAUUGUCAAGAGCAGAAGCAGAAUCAGCUCAAGAAAUCUCAAGCACAAAAGUGGGAUCAUGCUUAGAAAAAAGUAAUAAAUCUCCAUUAGUUGAUGGAAUUUUCUCAGCACCUGAAUCAAACUGGCUACCCAAAAACACAGAAAUGGUCAGAGAAGAGGCCAGUUCUGUGAAAGAGCACACCUCUGAGACUUGCAACAAAAUUAAUGAAGGAUUUAGAGAAUUAGCUAAAAAUGAAGCAACACCUGAACAACAAGAAGAAGUUUGUUGUCAGGGCACAAUACAAGCAGCGUUGGAUUCCUUGGAGAAGUCUAAUAUUAAUGUGACAAGAGGAGACAUUAGGGCAGCUAUGAUAUACAGACAGUCCAAUAAAUCGUAUCAGAAAAACUCACAAAGUAAUGUUCAAAAGCACAGUGCUACAGACUUUUGCUUUUUGGCUGAGCCUAAAUCAAAUCAAGAACAACAAAAGCCAGAAACACCCAACCAAGAAGUAACAGUGGCAAAUGUGGAGCCUCCACACCCAAAAACAGCAAAUGCUGAGCCUCUACACCUAACUGAAGACCCACUACUCCUACACAUGACUGCAUCAAAUGCAGAGCCUUCUCACCCCUCUGAAUCACCACUAAACCUAAAAGUGACUUUGUUAGAUGCAGAACCUCCACACCCAACGAAAGAACCACUAAACAUAGAUGUGAAUGUAAUCAAUGCAGAGUCUCCACGCCUGGCUAAAGAACCAUUAAACCUAGAAGUGACUGUAGUGAAUGCAGAGCCUCCACACCCAGUUAAAGUACCACUGACACAAAAAGUAAUUGUGACAAAUUUGGAGCCUCCACACCCAGCUGAAGGACUAAUAGACAUACAAGUGACUGUGUCAAAUGCAGAGCCUCCACGCCCAACUAAAGAACCACUCAACCAAGAAGUAACUGUGGCAAAUGUGGAGCCUUCACACCCAACCAAAGAAACACUAAACCUAGAAGUGAACCUAGUGAAUGCAGAGCAUCCACACCCACCUAAAGAACCAUUAAACCUAGAAGUGACUUUGUCAGAGACAGAGCAUCCACACCCACCUAAAGAACCAUUAAACCAAGAAAUUACUGUGGCAAAUGUGGCGCCUCCACACCCAACUGAAGAUCCAGUAACACAAGAAGUAACUGUGGCAAAUGCAGAGCCUCCAUACCGAACUACAGAACCACCCAAACAAGAAGUAACUGUGGUUAAUGUGGAACCUCCACACCCAACUGAAGAACUAAUGAACACACAAGUGACUGUGUCAAAUGCAGAGCCUCCAUGUCCAACUAAAGAGCUGCUCAACCAAGAAGUAACUGUGGCAAAUGUGGAGCCUCUACAUCCAACUGAAGAUCCAGCAAAGCUGCAAGUGAAUGUGGCAAAGGCAGAGCCUCCAUGCCUAACUAAAGAAUUACUAAAGCAAGAAGUAAUUGUGGCAAAUGCAGAUCCCCCACAUCCAAUCAAAACCCAUUACAGGCCUACUCAAUGUGUUGUGUCAACAAAAAGCAAAAGAGUCACUGGCCCCAAACCACCAAUUCCACCUAAACCUGAACAUUUGAAAGAGAAACAAGAAGUAAGUCAGCCAUCUGCUACUAGGCAUCCAGAGGAACACAAAAUUAGUGCUAUGGGAACUGAAGAAAUGUUUUGUCAGGUUUCCCAGCCAUCAGCAACAACAUUGUUUUUAGGUCAAGAAGACACUACCAAUAAGUCAUUGGAUCAUCAUGAAAACUACAAUGUAGACAAAUCUACAAAGACGUUGCAACAAAUAAAAGGGAAGUCUGACAUGCAAUGUUUGACCAUGCUCUUAGAGAGUAAUGAAUCAGAUAUAAGACAACAAAAGAUAGAAAACAUUGAAAAGAAAGAGAUGUCUCAAAGCGCAUCCGCACAUGACAUAAUAUCUGAAACGGAUGAAACCCAUAUAAACUUCCAUGAGGCUCGGCAAAAAUUCGGCGGCAAAGUUGUGUCAUCAAAAAAGACGGCCCCUGUAAAGCCAAAACGAGUGAAACAUCUUCAGUCCGGUGACAAAACCCAAAAACACUCAACAGGAGAAUGCACUGCAGAUGGCACUGUCCACACUGGAGCUGAUCCAUCAUCCAACAUCUGUAAAAUAACUGCUGACAGUGCAGAUAGGCAUUACAAGGACACAAAGCAAGACAUCAAAGUCGAGAUGAGGGAGAAGAAAGCGAGAAUGGAAACGGAUGAUGAACGCAGACAGCGACUGUCCAUACACAUGGAUGAGAUUGUGAGAGGAAACGUAACAGCGGCAAUGGAAAUCUUUGAACACUUGAGAAAGCAAGAGCAACUGCAAGGCAUUCUGAGUCGCGUAGAAGAAAUCGAAAGCGACACGAGUGAGGUCGAUGUGACGUCUCUCAGGAGAGUGUUUGAGAACGUCCCUGACUGGAUCGUCAACACGGACAGAACAGGGCGAAAGAAGGUCAAAGCAGAAAAUAAAGACAAAGUGAUGCGGUCAUCAGCAGACAAAACACAUUGCAAGUCCUCAAUGGAGCACGUUUAUGGAGAUCUUGAGCGUGCUAGUGAGGAAAUAAUGAAUCUUAAAGAGCAGACUUUAGCUAGACUUAAGGAUAUAGAGGACACAAUUAAGAAAGCACUUCUUUCUGUUUCUACACUAAAGUCUGACUCAGAUAUUGCAAAUUUAUCAAAUCUGCUCAAAGAAUCCCUGGGGGUUGUGCAAGAAUCACCACAUUCUAGUAACAUAAGCAAAACUGAUUUAAGCACAACCAAGCCACAACAAUCAGAAGAAAGUUGUUUUCCACAAAGAAGCAGCUCUACAGGCACUGCAGCAUCUCCUAGCACAGAUCAGGUUUCUACAAAGCAACGGCAAAGCCCUCCAUCUUCACCCGCAUUAAUUUCUAUUCAGUUGGCAGCAAGAAAAACAGAUGAAACAGAGGUUGUGCCACCAGAAACUUUAAUCUGUAUGAAGUGUCAGUUGAACCCGAGGCCAGAAGGAAAAUUCAGAACCACAAAGACAGUGACGUGCAAUAGCCCCACUCCAGGUAAAAAAGUAAAACCCAAGAAAGGAGGACGACAGCAGACUUCUAACAGCCAACAAAAUCGAGAGCUUAGUGUGCUCCAGGUCCAAACUGACAGCGAAGGGAACAGCAUCAGAGGAACAGCAGUGGAAAACUAUGAGAGGACAGAUAACUCUGGUAACAGGUCUUAGACAUCCAAAACCUCUGCUUUUGUUGCAAGGCAGCCAGAAAGCAAAACAAUCCAGAGGUUCAGCAGCCAGCAAAUCAGGUUAAUGAUUUGGGUAUCUGGACAGAUAAGUGUUUGUCUUUCAUGUUUUCACAACAUAUUCAUUAUCUACUAAGAACUUAUUUGACUGCUAAAUAGACUGAUCAUCUAUGAGUUUAUUGCUGAAGGCAUUUCUUAGGUUUUUGACUAUUGCCGCUUCAACAUUACGUCAAUUUCUCUUUGUUCUACUUUGCAUUUGAAUUUUGGUACUUUUUACAUUUCUAUCAGCAACUUUCUAAUAAAUUCGUUUUGUGAAAAUCCCUCUC